GGAGAGGCCGCGCUGUUGGUGCCGAGGGCCCGAACGAUCCCCGGGCGCUUCGCUGGCGAUGCACAGAGAGCCCGCCCGGCUGCAGACGGGAGUGCACAGCUGGGGCUGCAAACUGGGCUUCCUGACAGGGGAAGGGGCUGAUAAGAGACAAAACCUGGGAGGUGCGGUAAGUCCUUGUCGUGCCAUCCUUUACGAGAUGACUCAGUUGUGCAAACUCCCCUCCAAAAUACUGCGGCAUUUACAUGGCGGCUGAUGGGGCCACAACAGUGGGUGUGGAUUUCUUCCUGAAGGCUUUUUAGAGCUCAUCCUGACUAUCAACAUUAUGAUUUAUUUUAUUUGCAAGGACACUCAUAAUCAGGAGCCCUGUUCUUCAUGUGGUCAAUGCGGUUUUUGGAGCUAUUUGGAGAUUAGAAGUGCCGCGGCAAAUAUCAGUAGCGUUUGUCAGUGACACUACACCGUGCUGCUCAGCAGGCAGUGUGUUUGGGCACCCAAACACUGCACCUUUCAGUUUUAGCCGUCCCUUCCUCUGAGCCCAUUUUCUGAGCUCAGACUUCUGCUUCCUACCUGCUCUGGAAGUGUUGUGUCAUGACUGAGUUUCACAGGCAAAGCUGAAAAUAUUCUUGAGACAAUACUCCUCCUGACUGAGCACCCGGGCUCUCACAGGGGUCAUUUCAAAAACUGCUUCAGCUGCACACUGCUUUCAUUAACUUCCACCUGGCAGAUCUAGUUCCUGUUUAACUUCCAGUGUCCUUUUGCACUUUGCUCAGGUGGCUUCACUGUCUCUAGGCAAUUUAUGACUUAGCACUUCUCUCUCUCUUCCUUCUAUCAGGCAGUCACUACCACACAAGCCAGCAGYAGGAAGGGAACAUCACUAAGUUUAAACUAUUGCUGAGAACUUCUGCCACUGUCACAGCCCAGAUGCUGAGUCAUUUGYGCUCUUUUGCUCACAAGUCCUUACAGAUAUCCACACCCUUUCUCUGUGAGGAUUCAGGACAAUUUUUACUUGCCCUGCUGCCUCGGGCUGCUGAGAACUGGAGUUAUACUGCCUCCGAGAGAGCCUGGCAGUGUGAGCAGGUUCCCUAUUAGCUACCCAGAGGGUAURCAACUGGGACCACUCCACAAAGACAGCUCUGGUGGGCUCCAGAUAAUCCCUCUGAGAGUCUCCUGUGUGCUGUUUCCUUGCCAUAGCUCAGCGAAGCCAGGCGGGGACUGCACUGGGAGUGCCGCUCUUCUCACUUGUGCUGACCGAUGAACUAUGUAGGCACGGUUUGGCCUCAUAAUGCCUCUCACACGCAAAGUGAUCUGUAUUAAAGGAUAAAGAGCCGGCAGUGAACAUUCUUCGGCCCCUUUUUUCUUCGGCUCCGUGACGGGAUGCGGCGGGAGGCGGAGCGGCAGCCUCUGGCAGAGGCACARGGCGGCUCCGAGUUUCACUUUCUGUGGCGGCUCCCGGCCGAGCGGGAAAUGAAAACUGCGCGGCGGGGCGGGCRCUGCUGCUGUCUGACGGGCGGGACCGCCCGGCUCCUCCCGCGGCACUCCCGGAUCACGCUGCCGAGCUGCUCCCGAUGAUCUCUCGGUUCUCACAGCACUCCUGCUCCCCGCGGCUGAGCUGCUCCCGCUGCCCUCCCGCUCCUCCGGGUGAGCGGCUCCUCCGCGCCGCUGCGGUGCGGGCAGAAGAGGUGAGCGAGCCCCGCUGCCUCUUGUCAGCAGGUGCGCUCUGAGUGAGAGGGCUGGCUCGAAGCGCUGCUGUUCCUGCGAGAAUUGUCCUUCUGUCUUUGAACAAUAUUGUUGAUGGGACAAAGAAGUGGACGUCAAGAAAGAAGCAAGAAACCGCAACUGGCACUAAGUGAGACCAUGGAGGCAGAAACUGAAGUACGAAAUAAUAAAGAGGAAGCUGAAGAGGUGAAGGCCAAAAACCAGAGGCUGGCAUCAGUCUUUGGUGUGGCAGACUUAAAAAAUGAAGCUAUUGGACUGUACAACCUUGGACAGACCUGCUGUCUGAACUCUCUGCUCCAAGUGUUCCUCAUGAAUAUACACUUCACAGGGAUACUUCGAAGGAUCACAGUGCCACUGUCUGCUGCACAGAAGAAGAACAGUGUUCCAUACCAGAUGCUCCUGCUGCUGGAGAAGAUGCAGCGUGGCAAACGCAAAGCUGUUGGUCCCACAGAGCUGGCUUACUGCCUUGCACAACACCGAGUGCGAUUCUUUGUGCAGCAUGAUGCUGCUCAGCUCUUUCUGACUCUCUGGAACUUGUUAAAGAAGCAGAUGAAAAGGCCAGAGCUGGUUGAAGAGCUGAAAGAUUUGUACACUAUCUGCAUUGAGGAGCAUCUGGCCUGUCAGAACUGCUCUUUUGAAAUGAAGAGCAAGAGCACCAUGUUAACCCUUCCACUGUCAGUGCUGGAUGCUGAUUCUCACUGGCUGAAGAGUCUGGAGGACUGUGUGCAGCACUUUUUCCUUCCAGAAGAGCUGACUGGUCCAAACAUGUGUUUCUGUCAAAAGUGUGGGAGGAARACACCUUUUCUGCAGAGCAUGAAACUCGUCCAUCUGCCGCAGACUCUGACCUUGCACCUACAGCGCUUCAACUUUGAAAGAUCAUCUCGCACGUACAAGCUUAGUCAUUACCUGUCAUUCCCACAACACCUUGAUUUCAGGGAAGUCUUGACAGAAAAUCAGUGCCAAGCAGAUGACAGUGAAAAGGCUACCUGGCAGUAUGAGCUUUUUGCUGUUGUUGCUCAUUCUGGAUCAACCAGCUGUGGGCAUUACUGUGCCUAUGUUCGAAGCCUCACAGAGCAUAAAUGGUAUUGCUUCAAUGAUUCCAUGGUUUGCCCGGUAUCAUGGGAUGAUGUUAAAUGCACCUAUGGACAUCCCAGACUUAACUGGUAUGCAAAUGGAUCCCUGUUUUUACCUAAUGCUGCUCUGGACUUWGGAAUGAGGGCAGCGAGGAGAGGGAAGACAAAUGGUUUUGGUUGAAUAUCACCUGGGAUGCAGUGGGGACACAGGAGAGGAGGCAUCCUUGUGUCCCAGUUACUCUGAUGGGACUGCAUGUGACURUCCUGGGAGCCUGCAGGGUUACAAAUGGGGCUGCAGGAGUGGUCUUGUUACUUAGGAUUGCCACUUGGACCCUCUGGUAUCCUGACUGAAGCUAUAUGUGUCAGUCAGGAUUUYGCCAUGCUUUUUGUUUUGAUGUAUCAUAAAAAAAAUGAACUUAUCCGAGUGAAAUAAUCCCUCCUAUAAAUUGCAGCACCACUGAGRAAUCUUGGGAGCACAGGAGAGGGCAAGCUUUGUUAACCUAAACCUCAGAAAGCUGAGCAGGAACAAGCCUGGGACAUUACUUGCAUCCUAGAUCUUUGAACAUACUGUGUGUUUUGCUUUCCUUUUGCCUCCACAGGAGAGAAACGGCUUAUCUCUUGAUUUACAUGAAAAAGCAUCCUCAGUAGGCCUAUCCAGGAGUAUCAGAAUAUCUCAGAAUGCUGUGCUUUGUCCAUGGACAUUGUGGAUGUCUGUGCCAGUGUGGAUAUGUACAAAUGUUUCRCAAGAAGGACGUUCUGCAGCCAGCAACCCUGGUCUUCACAUUCAUUUAUGAAGAAAGUACAGCAGACACUAGAGUAGGGAUCUAAGAACUGUUGCAACUAGAAACCUGUUCUUUCAUGUAUUUAUUUUAUUUAUGUGAUUCUCCAUGUUCAUCUCCUCUUUAAAAGAUGGUGAAGUUAGUCCUUUCCUCUGCUAACUUACCACUUUCCUUAAUGGUGAUGCCUGGAUUCUAGUCCAGAGGAGAUGUUUGGCCUGACAGCCUKUGUGAUGUUCCAGGGAAGUGUGUGGUAUGACCGGAGAGCUGUGAGAGCCACGUAGAGCCAGUAGGACCCGUAAGAGCUUGAAACUUACUUUGUUCUUUUAGCACUGUUUAGAUCCUGAUAAGGUGGGCAGGAGAUCCAAAAAGUCACCCCAGAUACAGCUGGAUCAGAGGAGGAAGGAUCAGAACCCUUAUGAAUACACACCAGUGACACUCCUUAAAACCUCCCUAAAAAUAAAUCACUGCAGGGGCUGAGAUGUACAAAGAGGUAUUUAAAAUCAGGAACUAUUGGAGCCRUUCUGAUUUACAAGAUGAGUUUGUAUGUAUUUCUGCUGGUGAUKAUUGUUUCAACAGACUUAUCAGGUGUUUAUAUGCAUUUGCUUUCCUGUAGAGCAGAAAAUAUUCAAAGUAGUGGAGAUUAUGAAGGUAAUUAGUGAUUUUGCACAAUACAGGCCUGUGAUAAGGAAAGUGAGAGGCCUUGAUGUGCUUGAACUUUUGGGGUUUUCCUUAAGUAUUCUUAACCUGGUUGCCACCUGGAAUUGUCUUGCCUCUCUCUUUCCUUCUCGGCUCAUACAGCUCAAACGUCCUCAAAGCAGAAAGAUGUUCUGGAGAGAAAAAUUUUGUAAAGAAAGUGAGUAAKUUUUUAAUCUCCUGUUGAGUUUUGUCACUCUGUUGGUUCAGCCAAGGCAGGAUCACAGAGUUGGAGUGAAACGGUAAAGAGAGCUGGRAAGAAUGGUUGGUGAUAUGUGACAGCUGGAACAAGAAUGUUCCAAAGGCUCAUCACAAGGCUCUGUGGAGAGGAAAGUUAAAAACUUUGAUUGUGUGCCUUUUAAAGCACUCGUGGCAUUAAGUGUUGAUGUGCCACAGUCUGUGAAAGGAUCAAGGAUMCCAGCAGUUUGAGAUCUGGAAGUGCCUUCAACCUAAUAUAUUCUAUGUCUGUGUCUUUACAAAGGUGCUUUUUUAUGGGACUGAGCAAUUAUAACAUUAUUAAUGAAGAUAUAAUACCACCUAUGUAUAAAUUUAUUUUAUUUUGGUAAUGAUGAAGGUCCCAAAUUAUGUCAGUUUUCUGUUGAUAUGUGGAAGGUGAAUUGAGAAAUCUUGGAACAUAGCUGUGAAGUUACUUUUAGGGUGUAGUGGGUAUUUAUUUUGCUGUAGUAGCAAGGYCURUUAUUCUGCUCAACUCUUGUAUCUKUAUUAUUCAUUCUGUGCUAAGAAAAACAAACCUGGUGUAUUGUUUGUCAACAGAAUGAGGAAUUUUCUGCUUCUUCGCCUUCAGGAAUGCACUGCGCUUUUUCUUACCUACUCCUUGCAAUGGGUGGGUAAGAAAACCAAGUUUCUGUUUGCUUUUCCAGCACUUUGCCUAUGUGAAGGAAAUGAAAAAAAAAAAGAUGCACUUUCAGAAACUGACAAGUUAAUGGGUGAAGAGACUGACAAGAUAUUUCUAAUUAGACAUAACUUGAAAUUUAAAAACUUAUGCUUGUGAAAAAAUGCCUUAAAUGUUUCAUAACCUUCCAGGGAUGUCACCCAUUGAGGAAAUAAUUGCAGAGAUAUAUUAAGAAUUUUUUUCAGUCAGUGAAAAAAAAUUAAUUUCAGUGAAAAGUAAACAGUGUUUUAUUUUGAAUAAAGUAUUCUAGGAUCAAGUCCCUAAAAAUGAGUCUUGUGGUUUAUUCUUGGUCUGUUCUUCCUACACACUGUAAGUGAGGUGGGAGGCAACAGGCCACGUGCACWGAGGUGAAUGCUCAGGUCAAAUACUCAGGGCAGAGCUGCUGUUAAWGUUUAGCUCCAAGAGCCAAGGAAAAGCAGCUAAACCUGGACACUUCAUCCUUGUGCUGGAGGCACAAUGAGUGUCUUUUCAGCUUAUAUUGCUUCCACGUGCAGAUGGGCCA